CCGCCCUAGGCUGCGGCCCCGGGCCUUGAGCACUCGUGGGUGUGGGGGUUUGCCGCCUUUCCUUGGUUGCAGAGGGGGCGGGACCCUCGUGAGGGCCGCUGCUGGACGCUCGGCCAUGGGCGCUGCCCCUUGGGUUACAGCUCGCAGCGAUAUCUGCGUUGUGUUUCACCUUUGCGCGCUGCCGCUGCUUCCCAGAAGCAACGCCUACCGGUUCCCGAGCAGGAAACAUUGUACCUUGAGACUGAGAGUUUGCUCUUGGCACAGUGGUGGCUGCAACAAAGGCAUCUAAUGGGCUUCCUCAGCCUGGAGAUGAGUAUGACUUCUACCGCAGCUUCCCUGGCUUCCGUGCGUACUGUGAGACACAGGGUGACCGUCUGCUCCACUGCAUGAGCAAGGUGAUGCAAUACCAUGGCUGCCGCAGCCACAUCAAGGAUCGCAGUAAAGUGACAGAGCUGGAAGAUAAAUUUGACAUGCUGGUUGACUCUAACGAUGUCAUUCUGGAAAGAGUGGGUAUUUUAUUGGAUGAAGCAACAGGAGUGAACAAAAACCAGCAGCCAGUCCUCCCUGCUGGGCUACAGCCCCCACAGACAAUCAUUUCCAGCUGGAACCGCAAGGCAGGAGAAUCCCACAAGAGAAGUCAGUCUGAAACCUUCCGGCUGCUUCAUGCCAAGAACAUCACUCGACCACAGCUUAGGUUUCGGGAAAAGAUUGACAAUUCCAACACUCCCUUUGUACCUAAACUUUUUAUCAAGCCAAAUGCUUUGAAGCCUUUGCCUGAAGCCCUCACAAAAAAAGGACGGGAGCGAAAGGAGCGCCCUGAAGACUUGGAUGUGCCAGCUGCUUUGGCAGACUUCAUACACCAGCAGAGGACGCAGCAAACUGAGCAAGACAUGUUUGCUCACCCUUACCAGUAUGAACUGGAGCAUUUUUCUCCACCUGAUGGAGUUCUCAAGAAACCAGAACCCCAGAUGUACAGGCCCGUCAAGGAAACACCCUGUCAUUUUAUCACCACACUGGAUGAACUGGUAGAACUGAAUGAGAAGCUUAUGAACUGUAAAGAAUUUGCCCUGGACUUGGAGCACCAUUCUUACAGGAGCUUCCUGGGCUUGACCUGUCUGAUGCAGAUUUCCACCCGAACAGAAGACUUCAUUAUUGAUACACUGGAAUUGCGCAGUGACAUGUACAUUCUCAACGAGACCUUCACAGACCCUGCAAUUGUGAAGGUCCUUCAUGGUGCUGAUUCAGAUGUGGAAUGGCUGCAGAAAGACUUUGGUCUGUACUUGGUGAACGUGUUUGAUACUCACCAAGCUGCUCGUCUCCUCAAUCUUGGCAGGCAUUCUUUGGACCACUUGCUAAAGCUGUAUUGCAAUGUAGAUGCUGACAAGCAGUACCAGCUGGCUGACUGGAGGAUACGCCCUUUGCCAGAAGAAAUGAUUCACUAUGCCCGUGAUGACACUCACUACUUGCUUUACAUCUAUGAUAAAAUGAGGGAGGCGUUGUGGGAGAAAGGGAAUGAGCAGCCCACUCAGCUGCAGGUUGUGUGGCAACGCAGCAGGGACAUCUGCCUGAAGAAAUACAUCAAGCCCCUCUUUUCAGAUGAAUCCUACCUUGAGGUCUACAGGAGACAGAAAAAACAUCUCAACACACAGCAGCUAGCAGCAUUUCGGCUGCUGUUUGCGUGGAGAGACAAGAUGGCACGUCAAGAGGAUGAGAGUACAGGGUAUGUGCUACCAAAUCAUAUGCUGUUGAAGAUAGCAGAGGAGUUGCCCAAAGAACCCCAGGGCAUCAUUGCUUGCUGUAAUCCAGUCCCACCGCUAGUUCGCCAGCAGAUUAAUGAAUUGCAUCUUCUCAUUCAGCAGGCCCGGGAGAUGCCUCUUCUCAAGACGGAGGUUGCUUUGGCAGUCAAGAAGAGGGCACCUCUAUCCAACCCUGAGAGGCUGGAGAACACCUUCUUUGGACCACAUGACAGUUCCCGGAUUCCUGUGGAUGACUUCCAGAACAACUCUGCCUUGGAGCCUGCCCCAAUUUUGGAACAUGGUUGUCUCUUUUCAGAGAGUGAGAGCACAACAAAUACUCAGGAUGCUCAGCCAGAGUCAACGUGUCUUGUUGCUACUGCCACUGUCAGCAUAUUCAGUGAGUGUGAUGAAGAUGAAGGAAAUGAGAAGACUCUGACAACUGCACAGCAGAAAGCUCAGCGUAUAAUGGAGUCCUUUGAAAAUCCAUUUAGAAUGUACCUGCCUGCAGAACAGAAUUCUGCCUACAUCUCACAGUCUGCAAAGUUUGACCCAUCAUCAAAGAUUUAUGAAAUCAGCAAUCGAUGGAAGUUGAUGAGUCAGACACAAGUACAGAAGGAGCCCAAGGAUGAAACCAAAAAGAAAGCAGCCCAGCAGUCAGCUGCUCGUGACCAGGCACAGAAGGUGCAUCAAGAGGCAACAGAAAAUAUUGUGUCUGUUCGACAGCAAGCUAUGCAGGAACAAGCUAAUAAGAAGAGGGAGAGAGUAAUGAGUGAAACAGGAGCAGAGUUGCCAAAACAAGAGAAGAAACGGCCAAAAGCCUCCCAGCAACCAGAGGAGCUGGAAGCACCGAAGCAGUUCACCCCUUUUGAUUACAGCAAGUCCAACUUCAAAGUGUUUGCGGGAAGCAGCAAAUCGAAGCAGUCACCACAAUUUGAUCCUGCCAAGCAAGCUUACACAGGCAAGAAAUUUGCUGGAGCUAACAGACUUCAACAAUCUGGAACCCGAAGCAUGUCCUACCUGGCGGGGAAAGCUGAGAGGGGCUCCAGGCACCACUGGCCAAAGAGAUAGUCCUUGUGACAGGCCCCACAGGAGCUGCUGCUGGAUGAAUCAACAGCCAGAAGUGUGGUCACCAUGGGAAGGCAAACACCAGUCAUUGAGCAGUUUUUGUACAGAAAUGUUUUUAGACCCAUUAAAAUCCCCUUUUUUUCCAAAAGGAAAAAGAUCUUA